CCUUUACUAACAAAUAAGUUAAGAGGUAGAUAAUUAACAGAUUAAUAAAGACAAUACUUAUAAACACGCAAUGAUCAUUUAAUGUAAAAACGAUGAAAUCGUUUAUUGUCAUUUUGUUAUGUGUUUCCCAAAUCUGGGCACUUCCAAAGGGGGUGCGCAUAAUUGGUGGUCAUAAUGCGUACGCUGGUGAAUUUCCUUAUGCGGCAGCUAUUUACAAAUCGACAUCAGAAGGUAGAUAUUUCUGUACCGGAUCUCUUUUGAGUAAUCAAUGGGUUCUCACAGCUGGUCAGUGCGUUGAUGGCGCUACCUCUUUUACCAUCGUUUUGGGAACACACAAAUUAGAUGGAGAUAGUGCAAAUGUGCAAAAAUUAGCAACAGACGAAUUUGUUUUACAUCCUGAUUACAAUCCGACGACUUUAGAAAAUGACAUCGGGCUUAUUAAGUUACGAAUGCCUGUAACUUUUAGCAUUUACAUCAGAAGACUUUAUUUGCCAUUUUCUGAUCUACCAAAUAGUAUAGUCGGUGUAGCUUUUGGCUGGGGACAAACUAGUGAUGAUAAUGCUGAUCUCUCAAACACCUUACAAUAUGUAAAUUUAAGUGAAGUGUCCGAUGAAGAGUGUAAAAUUACUUAUGGAGACCAAGUGGCUGAAAAUAUGGUCUGUUUUGAAGGAAACUACAAUGAAGGCACAUGUUUUGGAGAUACCGGAAGUCCAAUUAUUCUGCAUGUUAGCAGAGGUUAUACAAUCGUUGUCGCAGUUGCAAGUUUCUUCAGUUCAAAUGGAUGCGAAAGUACUGAUCCCUCGGGAUAUACAAGGGUUUUUCCCUACAACGACUGGAUUAAAAACGUGACAGAACUGCCAAUGUAAUUUUAGUAAAAUUUGAGUGUGUUACUUGAACGUUAAUACUAACAAAUAAAUGGAUAUACUACUGUUUAAA